UCCCCUCUCUCUCUCUCUCUCUCUCUCUCUCUCUCUCCAUUUCUGCAAUGGACUCAAAACAUAUGUCUCUGCAGGCAAUGUACUCAUGCAUGUUAUUGAUGGUGUUGGUUGGUUUUGCAAACUCAGACAUAGCCAAAGACAGAGAAGAAUGUGCAGACCAGCUGGUGGGGCUCACCACGUGUCUGCCCUACGUUGGCGGGGAUUCGAAAGCUCCCACACUGGACUGCUGCACUGGCAUCAAACAAGUCCUGCAGAAUAGCAAGAAGUGCCUCUGUGUCUUGGUCAAGGAUCGAAAUGAUCCCAGCCUUGGCCUCAAGAUCAAUGCCACACUUGCCUUGGGCCUUCCCACCACCUGUCAUGCACCGUCUAAUGUGUCCGAGUGCCCUUCACUCUUGCAUUUGGCACCUAACUCACCAGAUGCGAAGGUCUUUGAGGAAUUUACAAACAGCACCAAAGGGAGCAAUAGUGUCCCAGCUGCUAAUGGGAAUUCUACCCAGAAUGGAACAAGUGCAGAGUUAAAUAGCAGUGGUGGAAGUGGAAAGAGAAGGUUAGGUGUUGAGAUUGCUUGGGGAAUCAUAUUGGCUCUGCUGUUUCACAUCUCUUACCAUAUGCAUGAUGUUUAGACAAGUUCCCAACCCCACAAAGUGGUUAUCAUAUCUCAUCAUUAUGUACUUUAUGUUAUUUCUCUACACAACAUUAUGAUUAAGCCAUGAUACAUAUCAUGUAACACUUUGGCUAUAAAGGCUCAAGUGUAUUUGAAAAAAAUUGGUUAUCUAGGUGCCCUUGUGCUUAUCAGUU